AUGAGUUUAUACUUGCCAUUGCUUGGAAGAAAGUUUACCUGGUGUAACUCAAGUGAUGGUGAAAAGUGGAGUAAAAUUGAUAGAGUGCUAGUUGAUCCUAAGUGGUUGGAGGUGUUCCAGCUGAAGCUGUGGGGCUUGCCUAGACUGCUAUCUGAUCAUAGCUCUCUAAUACUGAUGGAGGAUGAGAGGGACUGGGGUCCAAAACCCUUUAGGUUUCAAAAUACAUGGCUUCUUCACAAAAACUUCCACUCUUUUUUGGAAAAAACCUGGAAAGAGUUUGCUGUAGUGGGGUGGGCUGGGUAUAUUCUGCUGGAAAAAUUAAAAAACUUGAAGGUUGGUCUAAAGAAAUGGAAUGUGGAGGUGUUUGGGAACAUUACUAAUAAGUUAAAAGCAACAGAGGUUGAGUUACAUAGGUUAGAGCUUGUUGCUGAUGCUAGAGAUCUUGAUGACACAGAAAGAAGGAGAAGGAGAGAGGUUAGAGGUGAGGUGUGGAGAUUGAGCAAGAUGGUGGAGAGAUUGUGGUCCCAAAAGUCAAGGAUGAAUUGGGCAUUGAUGGGUGAUAGGAACACAAGAUUCUUCCAUAGCCAUUUUUUGGAAGAGUGGAAUGGGAGACCUGGACUAGGAGGGUCAUUCAACUCAGUGCAAGGAAGUGGAGAUUUUAAUAGGUUGGAAGCAAAGUUCUCAGAAGUUGAGAUUAAAGCUGCACUGAUGGAUUGUGAUGGGAAUAAAGCACCAGGGCCAGAUGGUUUUAAUAUGGGAUGCUUUUAG